CGAACGCGAUCAAAUCGAACACAGAUAUUCUGGACACGAGAAGUCAUAGCUAAUUAUAUGUUUUACCACUAAUUAUACGUAUAUUUUCUGUUGGUUUUUAAUUUGCAGUUUGGCCAUAUAUAAUAACCAUGAUUUCGGGGAAUUUCGUGCUCGAGCUUAUGAGCAGUAUAUAAGGCUACGACUUCCUUAAUUUGUGUUCGAGUAGAGCUACCUACGAACUUUUGGUGUCUGAUGAGAACCUAUUCAGUGAUUGCCCGAGUCCAGCGGAAGGAACUCUCAAUCAUAAUGGAUUAUUCGACUUUUCCAACUUCAGCACCUCCAUGAAUGAGGAAGGUGUGACCCUCGCUGGUAGCAUGACUUCCGUGUGGAAUAUUCAACCCGAAGAUCGUGUAGAGAUGGACCUUGCACUACUCUAUUUUGACAGAGGCAACUGGCAGCCCACCGUCUUCUCCUUGAAGUCGAAGGACUUUUGCAAGAGUAUGUACGACGAGAAGCAGUUUUGGUACAAGGUCUGGACCGGACACGUUACAAAUUCCAAGGAUGUCAAGGAUAAAUGUGUCCACCCUGGUACAAAAUUAGAGAUAGAGCAGUAUGUCCUGUCCCUGACGACCGCCGUCCCGGGACAACUGCGAAGUGGACGCUACAGGGCCCAGCUUAGCUUCAAUGCUUUCCCUCAGGGUGAGACGAAGCGACCACCAAGCAUCUGCUUCGAGGUCGUAGGUGAUUUACUCAAACUUUGAGUUGUAUACUAAAAAAUAUGUACGAAAUUUAUUAUUGGUGUGAAGCGUACAAAUUAUAAAUCAUAUUCAUAUAUAA